AUGUCGGAACACCACCUUGACGCUCUGGUCGUCGGAACCGGGUUUUCAGGCAUCUACGCCCUCCAAUCCCUCCUCAAACUAAACCUCAAAGUCAAAGCGAUCGAUGCCGCCAGCGACGUUGGCGGUACCUGGUUCUGGAGUCGCUACCCCGGCGCCUUGAGUGAUACUUGGUCGCACCUGUACCGCUACUCAUUCGACUACGAGUAUCCGCUCCACCGGCGGUAUGUCUCGCAGCCCGAGGUGCUGGCAUAUCUGCGCCACGUGGUAGACAAGUACGACCUACGCAGACACAUGCAGUUUAAUAUGGACAUGGUUAGCGCCAUUUGGGAUGAAGGCACAAGCACAUGGCGAGUGUCCUGCAAGACCGGCGAUGUAUUCCGCGUUCGAUACCUCCUCACGGCACUGGGGCUGCUGACGAAGGCCAAUUACCCUGAUCUUCCCGGUCUGCAGACGUUCCACGGUGAGAUAAGGCACACUUCUGCUUGGGACACCGAGCUAGAUCUCAAAGGUAAGCGAGUUGGUCUUGUCGGCGUGGGUUCCUCGGGUGUGCAACUCGUGCCCGCCGUUGCGGACACCGUCCAGUCCCUACACGUCUUCAUUCGUCGUCCGCAAUACUGCGUUCCCAGCGGUGACCGUGCACUCACCGCGCAAGAGCGCGAGGAGAUUUUCAGAGACUUCCCCAAAAUCUGGACUGAGGCUCGCACCUCGCGGCUCGCCAUCGGGUUCCCCGAGCUCUCGCGAGAGGCCAUGGCGUUGUGCCCCGAAGACCGCGAAGCCGCUUUUGAGCGCCUGUGGGAAGCCGGAAGUGGGCUGCAGUUCCUGUUUGGUGGGUUCACGGAUUUGCUCACGGACCCCGUUGCCAACGAGGAGGCUUGCAAGUUCAUCCGGAGGAAGAUCGAGGCGAUCGUGAAGGAUCCACAAAAGCGGAAGGUGCUUACGCCGGACGAGCCGUAUGCCCGUCGCCCGCUGUGUGCGAACGGUUUUUAUGAGCAGUUCAACCGAGAGAACGUCUUUGCGGUGGAUAUCCGGACCCAUCCCAUUGUAAAGAUUGAAGCAGAGGGGAUCCGCACGGCGGAUGGCAGAUUGCAUGAAUUAGACGUCAUCAUUUUCGCAACUGGCUACGACGCAAUGGAUGGAGCGUAUGUUCGGUUGGACAUUCAAGGCCAAAAAUCAGGCGGGAACCUUCGGGAUCGUUGGAAGGCAGAAGGCCCAGCGAGUUAUCUGGGAAUUUCCGUGCCAGGUUUCCCUAAUCUCUUGAUGAUCAACGGGCCACAGACGCCAUUUGCCAAUAUCCCUCCCAUAUCAGAGGAGAAUGUGAACUUCACAGUGGAUCUAAUAAAGCGGGCUCAGGAGGUCAGUCAGCAGGAGAAUCGCCCCUGUUUGAUUGAAGCAACUGAAGAGGCACAACGCAAAUGGGGCGAGCACUGCGACGAGAUCGCCAACAGCACCCUCUUGAAACAGGUACCUCAGUGGCUCUUCGGCAAUAAUGUUCCCGGCAAGGUAGUCUCCACGUUGUUCUAUUUUGGUGGAGUCGGACGGUUCAGAGCGUUAAUUGCGGACAUCAAGGCCAAGGGCUUUACAGGAUUUAAGGAGCCUCUGAGUAGGAAGUCUGAGCCGCGGGCACAUCUAUGA